AUGCAUGACUUACGGACGGACUUUGAUUGCGUUACUUUAAUUGUGUUUAUUUCUUUGCAUUUAUUGUUUUGUUUUAUUGUUUUCACCCACUCUUUUUUUUUCUUUCGUUCUUUCAGUCUGCACGCGUGUGUGUGUGAAUUCCACGUCAUGGACGAGGAUCGACGCAGGGCGAAGCAAAAGAGGAACCAACAGCGUUGGCUGGAGCGACAGGAGCGGUCGCGGCUGAAUCGCGCGGAGAUUCGCGAGCUCCGAACGCGAAUUGAGGAGUUACGCGCCCUGUUGGACUCCGCGGAGGGUGGCGACAGGCCCGGCGGGAAUCAGAAGGCGGCAGGGGAGCCGCCCGCAUACACGCACUUCAAUCAGCUGCCCUUGUCGCAGCGCACUCAACUCGGCCUUGAGCGUGGCGGCUACAAGCGCAUGACGCCCAUUCAGAGCGACGCACUGCAUCUUGCGCUCGCCGGCUAUGACGUGCUCGGUGCGGCCAAGACGGGCUCCGGCAAGACGUUAUGUUUUGUCGUGCCUGUGCUCGAGCGGCUUUUUGUCGAGCAGUGGGACACGGCGAUGGGCGUGGGGGCACUUGUCUUAAGCCCCACCCGUGAGCUCGCGCUGCAGAUAUUUAAGGUGCUGCAGCUUGUCGGCUACAAGCACACACACUCCGCUGCGCUUCUUACGGGCGGCCGGGACGUGGAGGAGGAGCGGAAGCGCCUGGCGGCGAUCAGCGUUAUUGUCGGGACGCCCGGUCGCGUUCUGCACCACCUCGAGGACGACGCGGACCUCGUGACCGACAACAUGCAGUUGUUUGUCAUGGAUGAGGCGGACCGGCUGCUGGACAUGGGCUUCCGUGAUGCGAUCUGCGGUAUUAUGCGGCACCUGCCAACAGCACGGCAGACGCUUCUUUUUUCUGCGACGCAGACGACGGAUGUUCAGAUGCUUGCGCAGAUGUCGUUGCGGAAUCAGCGAUAUGUCACGACACACGCCUCCACUGCCGCACCCACGCCGGCAACACUCUGCCAGAACUUCAUUGUGGUCGAGCUGCACCGCAAGUUAGAUGCCCUCCUUAUGUUUCUCAAGCGACACCCGAAUGACAAGACCGUCGUCUUUGUAAGCACCUGUAAUCAGGUGCGGUAUAUGUAUCUUGCCUUCUCCAAGAUUUUAAAGAAGAUGCGUAUCCCUUCUAUGUGCCUUACAAGCAAAAUGAAGCAGUUCCGUCGAGAGGAGGUCUUCUUGACGUUCUGCCGCUGCAAAGCUGCCGUUCUCUUCUGCACCGACAUUGCCGCGCGCGGACUGGAUUUCCCGCUUGUGCAUUGGGCCGUGCAGUAUGACUGUCCCGACAGCGCACAAACGUACAUUCACCGUGCUGGGCGUACCGCACGCGCUGGGGCACGUGGGGUGAGUCUGCUCUUUUUAACCCCGCAGGAGACUCCUAUGUUGUCUUUCCUCGCGCAUAAGCAUAUUCCACUGCGGGAGAUCGCCAUUCGUCCCGGGCUGCUGCAGGAGUCAAAGGAGAUAUUCGUCGCGUUGGUAGUGCAGGGACUCAAGUACGAGGCGCAGAAGGCCUUCAUUGCGUACCUCCGCUCCGUCUACUUCUCCGCCAACAAACUUGUUUUUGACGUGAACGCCAUUGAUUUUGAUGCCUUUGCACACUCGCUCGGUCUGUUGAAGGUGCCUAACAUGGCGGAGCUGCGGAACCUGCGACGUGGGGCGAAGAACUUGCCCUGGGACGUCGUCAACUACAUGGCCCGGCAACAAGGGCAACAGGAGGCGCAGAAGCAGCAACACGUCACUCGCCGUGAGAAGCAUCUUGGCGCGUCCGACAUGUUCCGCACACUUCAGCAAAAACAACGCUACGCCGUAAGGGAUGACGAUGAUGAUAAUAAUAAUAAUAAUAAUAGUGCUAGUAAUGAAGCGAAGGGUCGGUGCGUUGGCCCCGGCCGUGGCGACGACGACGAUGAGGAGGAGGAGUAUGAUGACGGGUUCCUCGUGCAGCAUCGACGGACAAACAACACCCACCAGAGGCGUGACAACACCAACAACGACGGUGACGAGUCGCAGCAACAGGAGGCGGCAUCCAUGCGAUUGACUCCGGCGGAGCGCAUCGCUGGUCUCUCGAAGCGGAAGGUGCGGAGGUUCAUCCAAGCGGCGGACUUGCGGGUGCGGGACCUCGGCCUCAGCGAGCGCAUCGUCUUUGACGACGAGGACGAAGAGGAGGAAGAAGAGGAGGACGAGGAAGCCAAAAAGCGCCGCGUUGCCCUCCUCGCAGCGGCGGUGGCGUCGAAGAGUGAGAGAAGCGAAGACGAGGGCGACGACGACGACUACGCGGGACGGCUGCGGGAGCGCGUGCUGCGGGAGGCGGAAAAGGAUGCCGACCGCGCAAAGCGACUGCGGCGGCUACGGCGGCUGCAGCGCGACAGGAAAAUUAAGAAAAGCACAUCACUCAGCGAGGCCGGUGUGACCGCCGCGAAUGGUGGCAGGCGGCCCGCCAACGGGGGCGACAACGGCGCCAGCAGCGAUGAAUACGACGAUGACUACGAAAGCGGCAGCACCACGUCCCUCUCACGGAUAAUAAAAGCCGCAAAGGGCGAGUUGUACUCCGACGACGACGGCACCUCCGCCAGUUCCGAGGACGACGACACGGCGGUGCGACCAAAAAAGAAGGCCCGACACGCAUACAAAACAACUAACGAGUAA